UAUUAGAUACAGAUCAGUGGAACACGCUGUAACAUCCGUGCUUCUGAAUUCAUGACAUGGCAACUAAAAUCCUCUAUUUCACCGUGAGCGGCAAACCGGAGCAGGCUGAGUUCCCGGUGGAUUGCCCUGCCCAGGAUGUCAAAGAUCUCUUCCGCUCUGCAGCGGAGGCCGGACCCCACGACAUCCUGAAGCUUUACAACCCCAAAGGCAACAUCAUCAACAUCUCCCCGGGUUUGGAGCCCAACAGCCCGAGCUGCUGCUACAAGCUGGAGGUGGUGGCUGCCGACCGCAGCACCGAGCCGUUAGGAGCAGAGCUGGCUGGUGCACUAGGAUUUGAUCUCUCGUCCAUAGAGAAAAGACUGCAGGGCCUGGAGAAGAAGAUCCUGACGGAGGCUGGUGAGACGCCUGCAGUCGUGAACGAAAUGAUGAAACAGGUGGAUUCAUUCCGGGAGAAACUGGAGAGUGUGGAGCAUUUGAGUUGGCUUGGAUUGUUUAAAGACCUGUCCGAGGGAAACCACAAGCCCUCCCCCUUCUACCACAAGAGAACCCUGCGCAAAACCAGGGAGGAGUGUGAGCAUGUUCGGGAAAAGUUUCUACAAAUGAGCUCCCUGGAGGUAUCAGAAGAAGUGAGGCAGUAUUUAAAGACCCCAACCUUUGAUAACUGGCAGUGGGAGGACGCAGAGAUCAUGGUGCUCCUGCAGGUCAUGUACACAGAUUUAGAUUUCAUAGCCACGUUCAACAUUGAGCCUGAGGUGCUGCAGCAGUUUCUGUUCGAGGUUUACCGAAGAUACAACAACAUCCCGUUUCACAACUUCAAGCACUGCUUCUGUGUCACCCAGAUGAUGUAUGGUCUGAUCUGGCUGACGGACCUGAGGAGUAAGCUGGAUGCCAUCGACCUGCUGAUCAUGCUGACCUCUGCAGUGUGCCACGACCUUGACCACACAGGAUACAACAAUGCCUAUCAGAUAAAUGCUCGAACUGAACUGGCUCUUCGCUACAACGACAUCUCUCCACUGGAGAACCAUCACUGUGCUGUGGCUUUUGAGAUCCUGGAGAAGACAGAGAACAACAUCUUCAGAAAUCUGCCCAUGGAUAAAUACAAGCAGACACGAGAGGGAAUCAUCAAAUGCAUCCUGGCCACUGACAUGACGAGCCACAACGACAUCCUCAGCAAGUUCAAGGCCAUCCUGCCGACUUUCCACUUCACCAACAAGGACCACAAAGAUGUGCUCAUGAUGAUCCUGAUCAAAGUGAGUGACAUAUCCAACGAGGCUCGGCCCAUGGAGGUGGCUGAGCCUUGGCUGGAUUGUCUUCUGCAGGAGUUCUACAACCAGAGUGACGUGGAGAAGCUGGAGGGUCUUCCAGUCACUCCCUUCAUGGAUCGGGACAAAGUCACAAAACCUUCUUCUCAAACCGGCUUCAUCCGAUUUGUUCUCCUGCCGCUCUUCAUCGAACUGGCCAACCUCUUCCCCUGCCUGGAGCACCACAUAAUAGACCCCGUCCGGAAGGCUCUGGACUACUACACCGAAAUGGAGAAAGCUCUGGAGAGGGAGAAACUGAACCGGGCUCAGAUUGAGACCGCAGCCAAGAGCAAGGACCAAGCACCGAGCACAGCAGGGAGCCACGUGGAGGCCGGACCCGAAGCCUCCAGAGCACACACCCCGCAGACUGUGGUGGGCGACACCUGAGAACUCCUCACGAGCAUCUCAUCUGAACCUGGUUCAACUUUAUAUAAUGAGUGAAGUGAAUCUGCACCAACAGAAUCUGAACCUUAAGCACAAACACUGCAGCUGCUCCGAGCUGUUGAGCUUCGGUGAUGCAGAAUGAAAUGUUAUGUGAUGAAUUGGAACUUUUAAUUUAUGAUUCCACUGGACAUUUCAAUACAAAUUCUAUAUAAUUUGCAUGGUCCUGAAUCUCCUUGGGAUGCCAGGCUUUUAUUGGUCUUUUAUCUCUAUUAUUAUUAUUAUUAUUAUAAUUUCUAUUAUUAUUUAUGUAUCUUCUGUAUUUUAACCAUUUGUUUUCUUGUUGUGCAGCAAUUUGU